AUGCUGGAAUCAAACCCACCUCUCCUGCCGCAUUACAAAGCGCUUUUGAGCCACACAGCUGAUGAAGUUGCUGCACUUGAGUACUGCAAUGUAUGGAAAGGUGGAGCAGUAAUGGAGGAAUGUCAACUGCCAUUGAUAGACCUCGAUGGUCUGAAAUGUCUUGAUGCGACGGAGAGGCUUGCUUGCUCUACAGCAAUAUGUAGAGCAUCAUCAGAGUGGGGGUUCUUCCAAGUGGUGAAUCAUGGGAUAAGCAGUGAGUUGCUUGGGAAGAUGAGAGGAGAGCAGAUAAAACUGUUUCAAGCCCCUUUUGAGAUGAAACAAACUUGUGGGCUUCUAAAUAAUUCCUACAGGUGGGGAACACCAACUGCUACUCUUCCAACCCAGUUUUCAUGGUCUGAAGCAUUCCACAUUCCUCUCACAAAGAUCUCUGAAGAAGCUUGCUAUGGGGAGUUUGGCUCUCUAAGAGGAGUGCUGAAGGAAUUUGCAGAAGCCAUGGCAAAACUAGCAAGAUUGCUUGCAGGGGUUCUAACAGAGAAUUUGGGCAACAGAAAGGAAGUGAUUGAGGAUAUUUGUGACGAAAGCACAUGCUUUCUUCGCUUGAAUCGCUACCCUGCAUGUCCAAUAUCUCCAGAAAUUUUCGGAUUGGUGCCCCACACCGACAGUGAUUUCCUCACAAUCCUUUAUCAAGACCAAGUUGGUGGACUUCAGCUCAUGAAAGAUUCCAAAUGGGUGGCUGUAAAACCCAACCAAGAUGCUCUCAUUGUCAAUAUUGGAGAUCUUUUUCAGGCAUGGAGCAACGAUGUGUACAAAAGCGUGGAGCACAAGGUGAUGGCUAACACGAAGAGGGAAAGAUACUCAAUAGCAUACUUCCUUUGCCCUUCCUAUGACUCUUUAAUCGGGAGUUGCAGAGAACCUUCAGUCUAUAGAAAGUUUACUUUUGGAGAAUACAGGAAAAAAGUUCAAGAAGAUGUCAAACGAGACGGCUACAAAGUAGGCCUUCCAAGAUUUCUACUUUAGGAUACAGAUACACAUCGACACUGCACAGGGAUUGAAAUACCAGAUUCACAAUGCAGGGUGGAGAGAGAGAGAGAGAGAGAGAGUCUUUAGAGUCUUGUG